UUUACUGAUUCACCCACCAUUAUCCAUACCUCGAUUUCCGAAAAUCACAGCAAAAAAAUCCACUCCCCGACAAAAAGCCGCCAUGGAAUCUCGCAAAUUGGCAGCUUUACUUUCCUCCCUCAUCUCUCAGCUCCUCCUUCUCAUCCUCCUUCUCUUCCCUUCAUUUUCUUCUUCUUCCUCCUCAGAUUCCAAUCCCCACUUCAAUGCAUUCCCUCUCGUCCAGCACUUUCUUUUUUCCCAAGAGAUCGCCGCUUCCCUCUCCUUCUCCAAGAACAAGAAACGCAAGCGAGUUGACCCGGAGCCUGACCCGAUUGAUGAGCACCCGCCGAGUGGUAUUGGAAUUGGGGUUGUGGUUCGGAGCCCUGACUCUUUCAAGAGCUGUUUCAGAAUGACGGCGUCUACUUUUGAGUGGCUCUCUGGUUUGCUGGAGCCAUUGCUCGAGUGUCGCGACCCGGUCGAGUUGUUUCCUCUGAAUCUCUCUGCCGGUGUCCGCCUCGGCAUCGGCUUGUUUCGGCUUGCCAGCGGUUCCGAUUACGCCGAAAUCUCCAGCCGAUUCGGGGUUUCCGUGUCGGUGGCGAGGUUUUGCGUGAAGCAGUUGUGCAGGGUUUUGUGUACCAAUUUCCGAUUCUGGAUUGCUUUUCCGAACUCGCACGAGAUUGAAUCUGUAUCGCGAGGUUUUGAAGACGUCUCUGGGUUGCCGAAUUGCUGUGGCGUGAUCGACUGUGCGAGGUUUAACGUAGUUAAUUCUGAAACAUCGUGCGAAGACAAUAUAGCGGCCCAGAUAGUGGUCGAUUCCUCGUGUCGGAUUCUGGGUAUUAUCGCUGGGUAUCGUGGCCAUAAGAGCAAUUCGAGAAUUCUCAUGUCGUCCACUCUGUACAAAGACAUUGAAGAAGGGAAGCUAUUGAACUCUCCAGCAACUGACGUAGAUGGAGUGGCUAUAAAUCAGUAUUUGAUAGGAGAUUCAAGUUUUCCUUUUCUUCCAUGGUUGAUGAUUCCUUUUGCUGAAUCUCUACCUGGUUCAUAUGAAGAGAAUUUCAAUUCUGCUCAUAAGCUUAUGCGCAUUUCAGCUCUUAGAACUGUUGAUAGUUUGAAGAAUUGGGGCGUUUUGAGCCGUCCUAUAAAGGAAGAACUGAAGAUGGCAGUGGCUUAUAUUGGUGCUUGUUCUAUACUGCACAAUAGUUUGUUAAUGAGAGAGGAUUUUUCUGCACUUUCUGGUGGGCUUGAAGAUUUCCAGUUUCAGCAUCCGAGUAAUAAAGACUCUAGAUUGGAGGAAAAUUCAAAUACUAGGAAUGCUUGGAUUGUACGAAGCGCAUUGUCUGCAAGAGCCAAGAAAAGCGAUAGUUCAAGCACAUAAUGGAUCUUUGGUGAUUUCAUCAGUAGACAAAGCAAAAUGAUGCGGACAAGAUAUUUGAAGGAUUCAUUAAUUUAUCCGCAUUUCUAACAGGGACAGACUUUUACCAUUCCAUUGCCAAACUUCAGAAUCCCAUCUAUUGCUGGGAAGUCAGUAUGUUACCCUUGCUUCUAGCUAUUGACUUGAGCUAAUGAGCUGUAGUUUAUUUUUUACAUUCAAGCACAAAAAUUUAAUUGGCAUGAAAUCAUGAUGCUCAUGUUCACUUGAAAGACUUGUUAGAAUUGCCACAGCUUGCUGUUUGCUUAUCGAUAUGUUCAGUUCACUCUUCCCUAUCUUGGCUGUAUUGUUGUAUCAGUUGUUCUGCAUCAUGGCUGUGUUCUGUUUCUUGCAAAUGAUUUGUGAUCAAAAUUGCGUCUGUUAAAUUAUGUGUUGUUAACUACAAUACAGGAGCAUUGUAUGAUCCUGAAUGGGAUCGUACAGAUUCUUGAAUAUUCUUCUAACUUGUGUAAGGAGUAGGGAAACUUCGUUGUUGGUGAUGUUACUGGGGAAUGGAAGGUGAUGUAGAGCCGUAAUUGAUUUUACAUAGGCAAUAAUGUUGUUUGGUCAGAUUCUUACAAUUAAUUAUGAAGAAUCUUUUGGAAUGGUGUAUGUCCCUGAGCAUUUCAGGAUGCACCUACCAAAGUUUCAUAUGGUACGCUCAAGGGACAAGCAAGGUGAUUAGCCAAAGGGAAAUACCUCAACGAUUUCUUCAUCCACAGAAGGCUUUUACUGGUACUCGUGAAGGACUAUAUGGGAGUUGGCUUCCUUGCCUCGGCGCCACCGGUGAGGAGAAGAGCAAAAGUGAGCCAGUGAAUGCUAGCUUGAAUGUCUCUUCGUACAUGGAGUAGUCAUGGCCCUCCAGUUCAAGGGGUUAUAGUAAAC